CAUUCUUUUGUUGUUUCACACUCAGCACUCACACUCCACAAACUUGUGGUUUAUAUUCAUCCAAUCCAUCCCAUUGGUCUCUCUCUCUCUCUCUCUCUCUCUCUCUCUCUCUCAUUUUCCUAGUCUAACCUUUCAUCUCCAUGGCGGCAGAACUUUCCACUGCCACAACCUUAAAGCCCUACAACAUCCUCCAAACCUCAAGCUCUUCCUCUAAAACAACCUCAACAAUAUUCUUCACCCCCUUAACAAGCUUUCGUCAUAAAACACUCCUUAAAACCCAAAGAAGAUCAAGAAUAACGCCCUUUACCGUUUGUGUUAUAAUGGAGGAUCCAAAACACACAACCCAAAUCAACGCAGAAGAAAAAACAGAACUUUCCAAUAAUAAACCCAACCCUCAAUUGCGUCAAUUGUCAGUAUCACAAAAAAUGGCAAGAAAGAAGUCACAAAGGUCCACUUACCUUGUUGCCGCUGUAAUGUCUAGCUUUGGUGUUACCUCUAUGGCAAUCUUAGCAGUUUAUUAUAGAUUUUCAUGGCAAAUGGAGGGUAGUGGAGAAGUUCCUUGGUCUGAAAUGUUUGGCACAUUUGCACUCUCAGUGGGUGCUGCUGUAGGUAUGGAGUUUUGGGCAAGAUGGGCUCAUGAGGUUCUAUGGCAUGCUUCCUUGUGGCACAUGCAUGAGUCACAUCAUCGACCAAGAGAAGGUCCAUUUGAGCUUAAUGAUGUUUUUGCAAUAAUUAACGCUGUUCCUGCAAUUGCUCUUCUCUCAUACGGUUUUUUCAACAAGGGAUUGGUUCCUGGACUCUGUUUUGGUGCAGGUCUUGGGAUUACAGUGUUUGGGAUUGCUUACAUGUUUGUCCAUGAUGGAUUGGUUCAUAAGAGAUUCCCUGUGGGUCCUAUUGCUAAUGUGCCUUACUUUACAAGAGUUGCUGCUGCUCACCAACUCCAUCAUUCGGACAAAUUCAAAGGGGUGCCAUACGGGCUCUUUUUAGGCCCAAAGGAAGUUGAAGAAGUAGGAGGACUAGAAGAGCUAGAGAAAGAGAUAAGUAGAAGAACAAGAUCAUAUACUGGUUCAUGACAAAUCAACUACUAGUACUAUAAUUGUUUUAAAGAAUUUUGAGUAUGGAGAGCAAUUCAAUUCAAUUAUUGAAAUGAUUGAAUACGCAUGUUUGUUUGUACAGUUUUAGUCAUUAAUACGAAAUUCUAAAAGACUGCAAAAGAAAUUUAUCAACAAAUAGACUCAGACUCGACGAGCAAUUUAGAUUCGAGUUAAAUCUUUUUGAUUUUAAGUUAACAUAUUUUUUGUUCCAAA